GUCACUAAGUCAGUCAUCAAUAAGUGUUCAGUGAGUGGUGUGUUAUUUAUGUUUUAGGGCAAAAGAAAUUUAAUGAAAUCGCAAAAUGUAUAUUUACGAAUUACCUUUUGAUAUAAACAAUGAAUUGUGCAGAUUAUUGGAUAAUGACGAUGAUUGGAAGGAGUUAGCAGGAGUACACAUGAAGUACUCUGCUUUUGAUGUUAUUGAAAUAGAACAGACCGCAAAGAGACACGCGUCAUCUCCAACCAAUCAACUUUUCAUCAAAUGGGGCCAACUGAACCACAGAGUAGAAGAGUUAUUUAUAUUACUGUACAGAAUGAAACACAUACCAGCUUUAAGGUGCUUGGUUCCAGUAGUUGAUAGCAGAUUUCAUAAGCUACUUCAAAAACACGACAGCAAGAGUCUUAGAGCAAAAACCAACUCAAUUGAUGUAGAUGCCAAAAAGCAGUUGAUGACUCAGAAACUAGACAGCAGCGAGUCGUCAUUACCGCUUCCCGUCAUGCUCAUGGAAAAGGGUGUGCAGCUACCGACUCCGAGUCAAAUAGUAGACGUACAUACACCUACCGAUAACUCAUACACUGAUUCAACUAAGAACAGUACAUCAGGCAGUGUGAACCGGGGAGGACUUGAUGUUCUACCGAAGGCCGUGUCGACCAUACCCAUGAUACCUUAUCACGACCUGAGGGUGGCCACCGAUAACUGGAGUGAGAGAAACUUACUGGGAAAGGGAGGCUUCGGACAAGUGUUCAAAGGUAAUUGGAAGUUUCUUUCGGUCGCUGUGAAGAGGCUGAGAGAUAACGACGGCAAGAAUAAGGAACUGAUUCAGGAGAUGUGUCUGGACCAGUACAGAUACGACAAUAUACUGCCGCUCUAUGGAUACAGUCUGGGGGGACCGGAGGCGUGCCUGGUGUACCAACUGAUGGUUGGAGGCUCUCUGGAGCAGCGGCUGAGAGGGAAGACGCACUACCCGCCGCUGUCGUGGGCGCAGCGGUAUAGAAUAGCGCACGGGGUUGCAAGAGGCCUUCAAUAUUUACACACAAAAUCUGACACGCCACUGAUCCACGGUGACAUAAAACCAGCCAACAUACUAUUGGACCAGUGCACGAUGCCCAAGAUUGGAGACUUUGGCCUGGCGAGGAAAGGUCCGUACGGCGAAGACAGGACCCACAUGAAGGUUUCUAAAGUGCACGGAACGCGGCCUUACCUCCCUGAUGAGUAUCUCCGCUCGCGACUCCUUUCACCGUCCGUAGAUGUGUUCAGCUUCGGAGUGGUGAUGGUGGAGAUAGCCACCGCCCUGCCGGCCAUGGACAGGAGCCGGGCCGUGCCCUUACUGGCGGAGUACGCCCAGCAGGUGUUGACAGACACGAACGACUUUGCGUUGUUGGAAGACCCUAUACUUCGAGGAACACCGAAUUCUAACCCACAUUUAUGUCGGGAAUUCAUCACGAUUGGAAUUCAUUGCACCAAAUACCUGAAGAAAGAGAGACCUACCAUGUUAGAGGUGUUUAAACGGUUGGACGCGCUCGAGUUUCCUGCCAAAUAUUUCAGUUAAGAUUUAUUAUUGACUCAAUGACAUCUGGGAACAGAAAUAUAAAUAAAGUUGGGGAUAGUAUCCCUGUGCUUCCCCGGGGCAUGAAACUAAUAGGGAAGUUCGAGGCCCAUAGGUGUCGUAAGAGUCUUCUUUGCACAGGAUGCCGGCUGGAUUAUGGGGUUCGCACAACGGCGCCUAUUACUGGCGUGAUGAAAUAAUGUUAAAACAUUACUAGUGGUAGCUGGUGAAAUUACUGGGCAAAUGAGACUUAACAUCUUAUGUCUCAAGGUGACGAGCGCAGUUGUAGUGCCGUUCAGAAUUUUUGGGGUUUUCAAGAAUCCUGAGCGGCACUGCAAGUAAAUGUUGACGACAGCCCCUCGCGCACUCCUCACGUUCCAGGAGUCUUUUACUAAGAAACUAAAGAUAGGCGACUUUUCUCAAGGGAUCAGAAAAUUAUAUUUGUGUUCUGCGCCCGCCUCUGUUGCCAUCCCCGAGAUCUGUCUUAAAGUCUUAAUGAAAUAUCCCAGGAUUAUACAAAUUAAAUUUGUAACCAAAAUUUAUGAACUAUGCGGGAUUCCACAGGGUUCCAUUCGAGUGCUCUUAUCAACUGAGCGGACCGUUCGAGUGACGCAUGGUUUGCAAAUCUACCAUGUCUGGCACCACAAUUUAGCCAGUGUGUCAUUAAAUAGACUAAACUUAGAGAUUUGUUUUCUAAUUUUUAGUAUGUAGUGAUUGGUACUGAAAUUGAACCAUGUUUUAUUUUUUAUCUGAAAUAAAUAUACAUGCUGUUAGACUAUUAAGGGCGUAUACAAAUGUAAUUACGUAAAUUAUUAAUUAAUAUAAGUACUUAGUGAUAUUAACACUUUAUUCUUAUACUUUUCAAAUUUUUUGAUACAAAAUAUUUACAAUUUUUAACAAGUCUUCAACUCUCCGUCGGACUCAGGCGGGAGGCAACAAACAACGAAAACUGUGUUAUUAGAUACUUAAUUCAUUAUUAUAUCUACUUGCUUAGCGUCAUUUACUACAUUAUACAAAACAUAAGGUCUUGUAAGAGCAUAUCCAAACUAGAUGUUACCUAUUGGCCUGAUAAUAUUGUAUAUACAUAUAAUGUAAAAAAUACAUUACAAAGUAGCGUAGCGUGGAAUCUAUCGCUCACAUAGUUAAUGGUACACGGACACUAUCAUUUAAUCAAAGGAGUUGUUUCAAAAUGCCUGUCUUUGUUACCUUCAUUUAUUUUCUAUUUUGUGAAAAAUUUGAACGCAGAAACUAUAUAUAUGUCGGAGAAUUAGAAUAUAAAAGUAAUAUGGCCUGUAUGAUUAUAUUGUACUCUGUGUAUUGGGCUGAACUGAUGGCGAACGUCAUCUUUCAAAUUGUGUUUGACGUUGUCACUGUGUACGUCACUGUCGGUGACGUGAUUGAAGUUAGCGAUUACUGUCCAUCAGUAGAGCGCUCAUUGAGAAGUCGCAGUCGUCUUCAAGCUAGCGCCCGCGCCGGUUGUGCGCACUGAUCGACUUAAAACAACAUGGUGGAUACCAACACCGUGACGCCCGAUUUUAUAUCCAAAUAAAUCUCCAAGAUAUAUAUGUAUAUAAUUAUAUUAGGGGUUAAAGUAUGAAAUUGCCGAUUUGUACUGAAAAAUUGAUAUUCGUUUUUUUAAUGUAACAAGUUUAAUCAAAAUAUUUACCAUUUCUACCUAUACAUUGCUGCCACCUAGUACAAUCCAAGGUCAUAUAUGCCUUUGCGAUAAACUGUGGUGUUCUAGAUUCGACAAACUGUGUGAAAGCAUUUUGUACUGCCUUCUGAGAAGAAUACUUUUUAUCACCUAGAAAAUUGUCCAAAUGACGAAAAAAAUGGUAGUCCGUUGGAGCAAGGUUUGUCUAAUACAGAAGGUGACGAAUGGUUUCUAAUUGCAGUUCCUGUAGAGUUAAAUCGGUUUCUCGUGCUGUAUGAGGUCUCGCGUUACCAUGGAGCAAUAAUGGGAAGAUCGAUUCUGUCUGGACUGUUUCACUGAUAGUUUUGCUAUCAUUGUUCGGAGUUCGGCACAGUUGACAUCUGCCGUUAUUGCUUGACCAGAUCGGAGAAAGCUAUAGUGAAUAACACCAUGCUGAGACCACCACACAGUUACCGCAUCAACCGCAUCGUAAAGAGACCACUUUUCAUCACACUUCACAAUUCGAUCCAAUAUUCCUUCAUUUCUGUACUGAUUCAACAAGGCAACACGCGUUUCUUUCUACAGAUAAUGUAUGUAACCUACUAAAUUUGCACGUAUAAAAUGAACACACAAAUGUGACCAGCUGUGACGAGAACGUGGGAGGGGUCACAAAUUAUGAAUUGUUUUCUUUUGGAACUAUUUUCUGAAUUGUGACUCUUUGGAACUGAGGUAUUGAGGUGUAUUUUAGUUAAAUUUAGUUUCAUUUAUAUUCAAGUCCAAGUUGAUCUUUCUAAAGACUUUUUUAAUGACAAUAAUGAUUAAUAAUUAAUGUUGCCUGGAUAUUUUUUAAAUAUUAAGAUUAAGAGAAUUCAGUUGUUUUUAAUAGUUGUUAUUCUUGUUCAAUACUUAAGAACUAGCAUAAUUUAUUACUCCUCAGUAGAGUAGCGCUAUUAGUAAAUAUUUAUCUUAGAUCAUUUAUACGUCUAACAAAAUUGAGGUUGACUGUUAACCUCUAUUUUGAGCAGUGCACGCACAUUAACACAAAGUGACAUACAAAUAGCGAGUGUAACACGUAGCUUGUCACACUUAAAUGAUAUUCAUGGCUUGUUUUUAUCGGUUGUCUUACAGCAAGAGACUAUCUAGACGUAUAAAUUAUCUAAGACAUUUAUAUAUUCUGUAUUUAUGUGUAGAUAAGACAAUGGACUUACAAUAUACUAGUAUAUAUACUAACAAAGCGUGAGUGAGAGAAGUUGAUGUCUAAUGGAGAUACAAACAUAAGUGAAUCUUUUGUUAGUGUAACCGAUUUUGGUUGUCAAGUCGUAAACAGUCAGCCAAGCUUGACAUUAGCUCCUUAGUAUUUUCAAUAUUAAAUCAAAAUAUGUAACAUAUUACCGGGCUGUCGGGUUGUAUAUACAAUAGGUUAUUCUAAUUUAUAUGUUUUUUGACACUUGUUGGCGUUCACCGAAGAGGAUGUAAAUACUACGUAAUCAGGAGGCGAGACUGCCUCAGUAAAUAUUGAAAUUUAGUUUAGUAUGAAACGUGCAGAGAUUUGACAUAAGUUUGAAAUAGUAGUAAUUACAGUAUGGCGAUUGGGGACGACUUAUAAUCCGGCCAAGUUUGAAAGCGCAAAAGUUUUUUAAACAAUUUAGAUUGUUUAGAUUUACAAUGCAUAAAAGGCAAUUAUUUUGAUGACUGCACGUUUCAUACAAUCGAGUGAAUCGCUUUUUUCUUAGAGUUUCGUUAGGCUGACGGUCAGUUGUAUAUUGUAAGGCAAUGGGAUAAGACCUGAUAAAAAUCGCUUAAGAGAUUUUUAUAAAUAUACUAGUGGACCCAACAGACGUUGUCCUGUACACACGUCUUAAUUUUGAAAAAUCUGUCCAGCCGUUAGGAGGAGUUCACUAACAUACACAUGAGCAGGAGAAUUAUAUUAUAUGGACGUAAUUGAGAAUCUUAACCAAUCUCAAAUUCACUGAAACAAACAAAAAGUCAUCAAAAUCUGUCCAGCCGUUUAGGAGGUAGUUUAAUUGGGAAUCUAAACCAUUCUUGAAUCCACCCGAAGACACACAUCAAUCUCAAAUUCACUGGAACACACAAAAAUCUCAUCAAAAUCGGUCCAGCCGUUCAGGAGGUAGUUCAAUUGUGAAUCUAAACCAUUCUCGAAUCCACCUGAAGACACACAGAAAGUUUCAAUAAAAUCGGUCCAGCCGUCUAGGAGGAGUUCAGUGACAUACACACGCACACAAGAAUUAUAUAUAUAAAGAUUAUUAUAAGAAAUAUUUAUGAAGUUCUAUUAUUAUUAUUAUUAGUGAAAAUAAGAGAUGAACAUUAACUAUUUAUUGGUGCUGUUUUCAUUGUUAUGUUUUUUUAUUCAAUUUAAUCAUAUUUUAAUAUUAAUAUUUAAUUUCUAGAUUAAGCAGUUUCGUGUCAACAUUAAUUUAUGGCUUUUUAAAAAGUAGAUACGUUCUUAAUUUAUCUAAGAAUAGGUAAAUAAUAAAAUAUGUUAUUGUGUAAAUUAAUUUAUUAAUAAUUAACAUAGAUUAAGUAUGUAAUUAAUACUUUUUCUCAAAUAAAAUUUAAGCAAGCAAUUGGAACUUUCGAUUAACUUUUACAAGUAAAUAUAUUUAUAAAAACCACUAAUGACUGUUUUCACUAUUUUAUAUCGACUGAAGAUAUUUUUGU